CAUAAUGGAGGGAGGUGUACUUCCGCAUUUAUAAAUUUUUCAGAUUUUUUUUGAUUUUAGUCCCUUAUUGGAUCUAUAUUAUUCAGAAAAGAACUAAGAUAUGAAGUUUGAUUGACGAUUCACUGCAACAAACAAAAUGAAGUACACACUUGACUUUAAAGAGUGCCUAAAGGACUCGCCAAAGUUCAGGUCGUCUCUUGAAAGUGCUGAAAGUGAUGUUGAAAAUUUAGAGGCAAAACUUGACAGGGUUGUCAGAUUAUGUACAACUAUGGUUGAAGCUGGGAAAUCAUUCAAUAAUGCUGGAUGUGGGUUUUUGACGGGAGUGAAAGACCUGGCGGCAUACUUCCAUGAGGACACAAUGGUCUCUGAUAAUCAAAAAGUCUCUAGCUGCCUGAAUAAUUUUUGCCAGUCCAUGAGUGAGAUGCUGCGUUACUUUAAUAUAUUGAUGGAGCAAGCACAGAAAACAGUUUGCAAGAAUCUCAAUCACUUUAUUAAAAGUGAAAUAAAGAAAGUGAAGGACACUAGGAAACAUUUUGAGAAGAUAAGUGAUGACCUAGAUAAUGCAAUAUCGAGAAAUUCGUCGGCAUUACGUAGUAAACCACAGGAGUGCGAGGAUGCGUGCAAUCUUAUGAUGGCGAACAGAUCUUGUUUUGCUCACACCUCUCUUGAUUAUGUCUACCAGAUUAACAUAUUACAGUCAAAGAAGAGAUUUGAUGUCCUUGAAACUAUGCUGUCAUUCAUGCAUGCUCAAGCCACGUUCUUUCACCAGGGACAUGAACUAUACCAGGAUUGUGAAGGGUACAUGAACGGCAUUAGAGACCAGGUUAAAGAACUGCAUGUGAAGGCUAAACAGGAAUGGAAAGAGAUGGAAGAGAGGCACAAUUUGGUACAGAAUAAGGAUGUUGGGUUUAAACCUGAUGUUGAAGUGGAGAAUGGUGUUCACAUGGAGGGAUAUCUCUUCAAGAAAACAAAACAUGCAUUUAAAGCUUGGGUUAGGCGAUGGUUUUCAAUAGAGGAAAAUCAGCUGCGGUACCAGAAAAGAUCAAAGGAUACUUCUGUCACUGUUAUGGAGGAAGAUUUACGUCUGUGUACAGUGAAACCAGCUUAUGAUCUAGACAGAAGGUUCUGUUUUGAAGUGUUGUCACCAACAAGAAGUCACAUGUUACAAGCACACACAGAGGAAGAGUUUCAGACAUGGGUCAGUGCAAUACAGUCAGGGGUAACAAAGGCAUUCAGAGCUGCAGAGAAACGAAACUCAGAUGCUGGGCUGAAUGAGAGCACUAGCAGUAGUAAGGGAGGUAACUCUACAAGUGAUUUGUCGGCCUUAGAUAGUCCUGCCCCAGAGGCGGAGAAAAAGAAAUCUAAAGCACAAAUGCAAAUAGAGAAACUUUACUCAAUACCAGGAAAUUCCAAAUGCUGUGACUGCGAGUCCCCUGAUCCGCGCUGGGCUAGUAUAAAUCUGGGUAUCACUUUGUGUAUAGAAUGUUCUGGAAUCCACAGAGGGUUUGGAGUCCAUAUAUCAAAAAUACGUUCAAUUACGUUAGAUUCAUGGGAGCCAGAGUUACUCAAGGUUAUGGGGGAGCUUGGAAAUGAUGUCAUUAAUAGAAUUUAUCUAGUCAAUGUGGAUGAUAGUAUUACGCGCGCCACAGCGGAAUGCCCAGGGCCUGUUCGGGAAGCUUGGAUUAAAGCCAAAUAUGUACAGAAGAAGUUUGUGUCAAAGCUACCUGGAACAAAAUCAUCAGAGGGCCGUGUCAAAGGAUGGCGUGUCAAGAAGAAAACACGAAGGUCACCAGGGCGAACCUUGGCAUCCGAGGAUAGUCAGGCGGGAUCGGCAAAAUCUUCACCGGACUCGGAUCUAACAAGCGGUCUGUUGGAGGCUGUAAUGUCUGUGACAGCAUCUAAGGACACAGAUUCCAGCGAGGCUCCAAGUCCGUCAGAGGGUAGUGAUGAGUCAGCAGAAAAGGACAACUUGGUAGUUGAUACAGACACAGAUGUAGAUAAGAGUGCCACAGAAGACGUGAUUGUGUUCGGAACAGAUUUCAAUCUGCCGGAUUUCCAGCUUGACAUGUCAUCAGAAUCUUCGGGUACAGAAGAGGAUGCUAAAUCUACGACAAGCUGGGAGGACAUGUCGUCUCUUGAUCCGAACAUGUUAUUGUACAAGGCGGCUCACGCUCGUAACCUGGCAGUCAUGCUAGAGGCAAUAGCUAAUGGGGCGGACACAAAUUGGGUCAACACGCAGGAAGAUGACAAAACUCCAUUAAUGAAAGCAAUAGAAACUGGAUCAUUGUCAGCAUGUGAGUUUCUGUUAUUGAACCGUGCCAAAUUAGAUAAGAAAGAUAGAAAAGGCCGUACACCUUUACAUCUUGCCACAAUGCUUGGAAAUACAGGUCAAGUAUGUCAGUUUCUAAAGAGAGGUGCCCAACUUAAUGUAGAGGAUUGCGAGGGAAAGGAUCCAUUGUCAAUAGCAGUCUCAGCAGCGAAUGCAGAUAUAGUCACCUUACUACGGCUGGCCAAGCUUAAUGAGGAGAUGAAAGAAUCCGAUGAUUAUUUGGGAUCAAAUCCAGGUGACGAGACUUUUAACGACGUUUUUAGAGACUUUACAAACAUGGCGUCAAACAAUCCGGAGAAAUUGAAACGAAACAAAUAAUGUUAGUUUUAUACAUGUGGAUGCAGUUGAGUUCAUGGAAAAACUAAAUAUUGUAUCAAACAUUGUGAAGAAAUUGAAAUGAAACAAAUACUGUAAAUUUGGAAUUUGUUGAUCCUCAGUCAUCCAACCACACACUGCCCGUUAUCUGAAGAAUAAGA